AAUUACUAAAACAAUUAGAACUCCUGGCCCACAUGCCUAGACUAGAAGGGUUAGGAAUAGCCAACAGCCAUAGCGCGAAGCCAAGGAUCGUACUCUCUCUCCUCUUGGGUAAAACCUCCACUCUCUCUCUCUCUCUCUCUCUCUCUCUCUCUCUAGCAAUUCAAUUGGGCAGGGCGGAGAUGGCAUCUCGGGACAAGAAACCCGCGAAACCCUCCACCAGUCGAACCGGCGGCAUCCGGACCCUCUCCGAUUUGAACCGGCCCUCCGGUCACGACUCAGACAGCGACGACGAUGCCCCUCAAGAGUACUACACCGGUGGUGAGAAAAGUGGUAUGCUUGUCCAAGAUCCAUCAAAGGGUAAUGACGUGGAUGCAAUUUUCAAUCAAGCAAGACAGCUCGGUGCAGUAGAAGGGCCCCUUGAGAACCUUAAUCCCUCUUCAAGUUCAAGAAGUUUUACUGGAACAGGAAGAUUACUCUCAGGGGAAUCAGUACCAUCUGCUCCACAGCAGCCUGAGGCUGUCAUUCACAACAUAGUUUUCUGGAGGAAUGGCUUUACAAUAAAUGAUGGCCCUUUGAGGAGGUUGGAUGAUCCUGAAAAUGCACCUUUCCUGGAGAGCAUUAGAAAGUCAGAGUGUCCAAAAGAGCUUGAGCCUGCUGAUAAGAGGUCCUCAGUUCACGUUAAUCUUAUUAGAAGGGAUGAGAAUUGUCCGGAACCUGAGAAGCAUCAGACUCCGUUUCAGGGAGUGGGAAGAACUCUGGGUGGAAGCACAACACCAGUGGCACCCGAGCCAACCCUUCUCAAUUCUGCUCCAACCCCUUCCAUGGGCCUAGUAGUGGAUCAAACUCUGCCAUCAACAUCAAUUCAACUCAGGUUGGCCGAUGGGACCCGCAUGGUUACAAAUUUCAACUACCACCAUACGAUAGGUGAUAUCCGUGCCUUCAUUGAUGCAUCGAGGUCUGUUGGAACCAGGAAUUAUCAGCUGCAGGCUGUCGGAUUCCCUCCCAAGCCCCUCACUGAUCCAUCUCAAACGAUAGAGCAAGCUGGUCUUGCGAAUUCGGUGGUUAUCCAAAAGUUUUAAGCCAGCUACUCGCUCUGGGGUCCUUUUGUCAUCUACUUACUUUUCUGGGUUAAACCUUGUGUAUCCCUUGACAACUCGUUAUGGGUUUAGAAGCUUGUUGUCUAUACCUCCAAGAGCUUGCAGGUCAAGUGCUAUGCGAUACUUUUAGAUGGGUUGCGGUUUUAUUGUUGACGACAAAGGCUAAGAUUGUCUAUGAGAAAUAUCAUAGACAAAUUCUUUUUGUGCUUGCCUGUUUUCCCAAAUGAUUUGAUUCUUGUCUCUCUUAUUACAAUUGAUGAUGACAAUUUCUUUUA